GCACUUCCUGGAUCUUCUGUGUUGAUGUUCACCUAUGUAAUCUUUUCGGUAUCAAACGGUAGUAACUUUUUUUGUGUUUCUUACUUUCAUUACAUUGGAGCGACGGUGUGUUUCAAUGUCCUCGGCGUCAUCCUGAGUUUCCGGUGUUUGUCUCUUUAAUUCAGUGAUUUAUGAUCUGUUUGUUUGAAUCGGCAUGCUGUCAUCAUCACUAGGUUAACCUAACAUCUGGUAAUUUUUAAGAUUUUCUGAGGGCACAACAGGUUUGAUGCCCGUGCUCCAACAUGGAGCACUCAGAUUUGACCACACACAAGAACGGGCGACAGAGGAAGCUGGUGAGCAUGAGGGGCAUGGACAGGGGAGAGUCAAGCUCCUCUGAACCAGACGUAGAAGGAGAUGAAGCAGAGGACCUUAUCAGUGGGUCAGACUCUGAGAACAGGAGACACAGAGUCCAGCCUGGGAUCCGUGGCGAGAUGGGGAAUGUGUUGCUUCUUCUCUUCCUUUACGUGCUUCAGGGGAUUCCUCUGGGACUUGCUGGUAGUAUUCCUUUAAUCUUACAGAGCAAGAAUGUGAGCUACAGAGACCAAGCCUUCUUCAGCUUUGUCUUCUGGCCAUUCAGUCUCAAGCUUCUUUGGGCACCUCUGGUGGAUGCUCUCUACUUCAGUAGGUUUGGUAGAAGAAAGUCAUGGCUGGUGCCAACACAGUACCUCCUUGGCCUCUUCAUGAUCUACCUCUCUAUGUCAGUCAAUUCGAUGCUGCAGAGCGAAGGAGGCCCAAAGGUGGUAACACUUACUGGAGUCUUCUUUAUGCUUGCCUUCCUGGCAGCAACACAGGAUAUAGCUGUGGAUGGUUGGGCCCUGACUAUGUUAUCUAGAGAGAACGUCGGCUAUGCUUCUACGUGUAACUCUGUGGGCCAGACAGCCGGCUACUUCUUGGGGAACGUGCUCUUCCUGGCUCUGGAAUCAGCAGACUUCUGCAACAAGUACCUCAGAGUUGUGCCCAAGGACACAGGCGUUGUCACUUUGCCAGAUUUCUUGUUCUUCUGGGGAAUGGUGUUCCUCGUUUCUACAACAUUGGUUGCCCUGAUCAAAAGUGAAAAUGAGCACACCAAAGGAAAGAGGAGAGUGCAGGAGGAGACACAGGGUGUCAUGGAAACCUACAAGCUGCUGUUUUCUAUCAUCAAAAUGCCCACAGUCUUCACCUUUUGUGGACUGCUUCUCACGGCUAAAGUUGGUUUCUCUGCAGCCGACGCCGUGACAGGUUUGAAGUUAGUGGAAGCAGGAGUUCCAAAGGAGCAGCUGGCGUUGCUGGCAGUGCCCAUGGUUCCUCUGCAGAUACUUCUUCCUGUGAUCAUCAGUAAAUACACCGCAGGGCCCAGACCUCUGGAUGUCUUCUACAAGGCGUUCCCCUUCAGGUUGCUCAUAGGACUGGAGUAUGCUCUGCUGGUGUGGUGGACCCCCAGUGUAAAACAAGAAGGAGGGUUCCCUGUGUACUACUUCACCAUUGUGCUGAUUAGCUACGCAUUACACCAGGUGGCUUUGUACAGUAUGUAUGUGGCCUGCAUGGCCUUCCAUGCCAAAGUAAGUGACCCCCUCAUCGGGGGGACCUACAUGACCCUGCUGAACACCGUCACUAACCUCGGAGGAAACUGGCCAUCCACUGUGGCUUUGUGGUUGGUGGAUCCGCUGACCUCUAAGGAGUGUCAGGGGGCUGUGGGGCAGAGCUGCGGCUCUGCAGAGGAGUCAGGGCUCUGUGUUAAGGAAGGCGGCGCUUGUGUGACGACAUUGGAUGGUUACUAUGUGGAGUCAGUGGUGUGUGUUGUCAUUGGUUUAGCUUGGUGGGUAUGGUUAGGGAAGAAAAUGAGGCGUCUGCAGGACCAGAGCCCAGCUGCUUGGAGGUGCAGAGCCGAUCAAUGACGACACUCAACAGAAGCACAAACUUUUCCCCCCUCAUGCUCUCUUCAAACAAUGACUGACAGUGGACAUUUUGUAGUUUCACCCUAAUCCGUCUGGUUCAGUCCUUCUGGUCCUGCUGGAGCUGCUACGUUCAGAGAACACCUCGUUUCUCACCUCUGUCAUCCCAAGCUCAUGUAAAAGAUGAAGGAAGCGAUUGUCUCUAUGAGGAAGAAUUUUUCUUGCUGUUCCUGUUCCGAAACUGUAACAGAGGCCUCCAAUGUAAACAUCGCUGACUAGCAAAGACUUUUUAUUUUUAAUUCACGGUUUUUCUUUGCUGAAACUGUUUUCUGCUGCUCAAAACCAAACCAAACCAUUGUGUGUAUAGGUUUGACCUGCUUUGAUAUACUGAUUGAGUUUAAAUGUAGUAAAUUACAAAGUAAAAAGUGGUUGAUUCUAUGCGGAGUUUGCCUUAACCAAAAGAUUAGCCACAAUAUGAGCUUUUGUAAGUCAGCUCUUGUGACUUUGCCUUCCUGUUUAUAGAAUAUCUGUAACAAAAGGAUACUUAAGGGAAAAGGCAAAACAGAAAAAAGUGCUACCACAAAUUGACUAUGUAUGCACUUGCUGUUUGAGUCAGCCAAUCUGUUGCCAGAGCAGGUUAAACCCAGUAUCAAGAGUGUCUUGAUUGCUGCCAUUGUCUCAGAUAUGUACCAAUGAGUUUUCUUUUUCCAAUAUAUUUGUUCAUUGUUUCCCCCAUCUGAAGUCAUUUGUGCCUUGGUUAGUUUUUGUAUUGGGCAAGAAUGUUUAAACUACAAAGGGUAGGCUCGAGAACAACAAUUAGGUAAACACGAGGACUGCUUUUAUUACCUUUUUUCUCUCCAGGCUGAGGACACAUUCCAUAUAAAGACUUAUUUGCACAAUAUGCAAAACGUAUAACCAAUACUAAUAAUAUUACAAAUCGAUCCUUAAAUGAACCAAGAUAUCACGAGUGUUACACAUUGUAACAGUCUCUUAUUUACCCAGACUUUCUUAAAUCGGGUCAGUUUCGCUCAUCAUAGGAACAAAUCCAUUCUUUCAAAGUAAUCUUUGAUGACGCAGCUUCUUCAUUUUAAUCUUGUUUGGUUAAUUGUUUUCACUCAGCUAUUUACAUUUACAAGCCUGAAUUAAUGUACAAAAUAUUUGUAC